AUAAUAUAUUACUUAAUAUAACCAAGGAAAUAACAUAAUCAAAACUACAGGAGGAUCCACGCAAAAGCGGAAGCGAGGCCGACCACGUGAAUCACUUAAUAAACCAAAAGGUAUAUAUUUACUACCCAAAAUAUCUAAUCCUAAGACAAAUUGUCUUAUCCCAAUGAUUAAAAUGUGUACAUUUUCAGUUCAUCUGGUAAAUGACCGACCAUCAUUCAAACCAACAUAUUACGACUGUAAGUAUAUAUGGAUCAUAUUAUUAUAUCUUAAACCAAACUUAUUCAUCAAACAAACUAACUUCCCAGACUUAAUUUAACAGGUGGUUGUGAUAACUGCGACUCUUACAGUAAGAAAUAAUCCUAAAAUGUGUAUCUAUUAUGCUAUAUUCUUUUAACCUAACCACUAUUAAUCUUAAUAGUCAAGCAGAAAAAUGCACGUAAUAUGAGAAAGGCCAUUUUGCUAUCCAAACGAACGUCGGCAUCGUCACGAGGUACGCAUAAUGGCUGAUAAAAUCUAUUACGAUUUAUUAAAUUUCUAAUUCAAAUUUACGUUGUUUCUACAUAGAUACAAACGCUCCACCAAAUCCACAAGGAACGCGUCGCACUCAACCAAAAAAGAAAGGUGCAUACUACUUAAGCCCCUAUAGUUUCCCAGAAAUAUAUAUAUAUAUAUAUAUUUAAUUUCUAAAAUAUAUUUUUCAGCGUAAUGGUGUUUCUAAAAAUCAACUAAAAUCAAAUUUCGAAACUAAUUCAUUUUAACAAAUAAUUUUUUUCCAAAAAACAAAAAAUACCGAAAAAAAAAAAAACUUUUUUACCAAAAUAUAAAAAAUAAUAAUUCCUAACCCUCUGUUAAACUCUUAAGAUUUCAAUAAACUAUGAUUUAACAAUUCGUAAUAAACAUUUUCCAGAAAAAGGUUCAACAUCCCGACUAGAUGAAAACCGAAUCGUACCAUGCUCAAAAUGUGGUGCAUUAAUGUGGACUUCUGAAAGCCCUGCUACAGACCCACGAACAGGUGAACCAACUUUCACCCUUUGCUGUAACCAUGGCCAAAUCAAGCUUCCACCGAUCAACCAGCCGCCAGCCCUAUUAGAAAAACUUCUUCAAACCAGAUGGUUUCGAGAUACUAUCCGAGUCUAUAAUUCUGUCCUUGCUUUUACAUCCGUUGGAAUGAAAAUGGAUUAUAGUGUCGUCCACGCACCUGGUCCUUAUACUAUACGGAUCCAAGGUCAAACCCACCACAGAAUUGGCUCGCUCAUACCGCGACAAGGCUGUCUCCCAGAAUAUCUCCAGCUUUACAUAUUUGACACGGCCAACGAACUCAAAAACCGCCUAAACGCGAUGGGGCAAACCUCAGCAGAAGGUAACCUCGAUGAGCCAACGUUAGCCCUCCUCAUCGAGAUGAUUGACGAGAACAAUUGUCUAGCAAAGAUCUUUCGUCGUGCACGAGACCACUACGAAAGCGUCGGGUCAGAGUUUACUAUUAGGUUAGUCCAAGAUAAAGGGAAGGGGAAAGAAUAUGAUCUCCCAACUACAAGCGAGGUGGCAGGUCUUAUCGUGGGGGAUAUAACAUCAACAAUUGGAGAACGAGAUAUAGUGGUUCAGUUUCAAUCUGACACUUUGCAGCAGAUACGUGACGAUCACCCUCUAUAUAUGAGCCUCCAAUACCCUCUUUUGUUUCCGUAUGGUGAAUACGGGUUUCACCUAGAAAUUCCCCUGCAUCUUGAGACAGGCACUUCAAGAACAAGGCAAUUCGUGACCAUCCGUCAAUACUACGCUUCUCUAAUCCAAACACGUCCUAACCAAGGAAUGACGUUGAUUAAAGGCGGUCGUCUCCUCCAUCAGUUUAUUGUGGACGUUUAUACAGCAAUUGAGGAAGACCGACUGAGGUGGGCGAGAAAUAACCAAGAAAUCUUGCGGGCUGAGCUAUACAGCAAUGUUCUUGAUGCUGUAAGUAAAGGUGACACUGACGCUAAAAUUAUUGGCCAGAGAUUUAUACUGCCGCCAAGUUUCACCGGAGGCCCCCGGUACUUAGUUGAGAAAUACCACGAUGCUAUGGCUAUUUGCAGAGAAUUCGGCAAUCCAGAUUUGUUUAUCACGAUGACGGCCAAUCCAAACUGGAGCGAGAUUAAAGAACAUCUUCAGAAAUACGGUGGAGAUUCUCCUAAUGAUAGACCGGACAUUGAAUGUCGGGUUUUUAAGAUGAAGCUAGAUCAACUGCUCAAGGAUUUCAAAGCAGGAACUUUUUUCAAGCCAUAUAAGGCAGCUCUCCACCGAAUAGAGUUUCAAAAAAGAGGUCUCCCUCAUGCACAUAUAUUAUUGUGGUUAGGAAAUUCUACCAGAACACCGAGUGCAGAUGAAGUGGAUGAAAUAAUUUCGGCCGAGCUCCCCAACAAAGAGGAAGACCCAGCUGCUUACGACUUAGUCACGAAACACAUGAUCCACGGUCCAUGUGGACACUUCAAUCCGAAGUCACCAUGUAUGGAAAACAAUGUGUGCACGAAAAAGUAUCCUCGGCCGAAUAACGACAACACUUCGAUUGACAAAUCCGGGUAUGUGUUAUAUCGUCGACGCCGAAACAAAGAUACGUGUACAGUAAAGGCUGGAGCUGUACUAGACAACACUUUCGUCGUACCUCAUAACAUUAAGCUUCUGAAGAAGUACGAAGCUCAUAUUAAUGUUGAAUGGUGUAAUCGGACAAGCGCGGUGAAAUACUUAUUCAAGUACAUAACCAAGGGCGUUGACCGAGCAACCGCUGUUAUUGAGAAAGGAAAUACAGCAACUACAUCCGACGCGACAGGAUCCGGAGGAUCAAAGGAGAAAGUCCUAAUGCAACGCAAUGAGAUCCAAGACUACAUCGAAGCCCGAUAUUUAUCAGCUUGUGAGUCCAUGUGGCGGACUUUCGCCUUCCACAUACACAAAAGAAAGCCAUCAGUUGAAAAGCUUAUCAUUCACUUGGAAGGCGAACAUAAUAUUACGGUUAAAUCAACAGACAACCUCGGUCGUGUAAUCCACAAACCGGGUAUCGAGAAGACGAUGUUCACAGAGUGGAUGGUUUUAUGCAGAAGGUCAGCGUUUGCCCGGACACUGACAUAUGUGCAGAUUCCUGAAUAUUUUGUCUGGAACAACAGUGCUAAAGUGUGGACUGAGCGUAAGAGAGGAAAAACCAUUGGCCGAGUCGUAGCUGUCCAUCCUUCAGCAGGCGAUCGAUACUACCUGAGGGUCCUCAUUAAUAAGAUUAAGGGUCCUAGAAGUUACGACGAGCUAAAAACAUACAACGGCGUGAAAUACCCGGACUUUAAAUCAGUUUGCCACGCACGAGGCCUUUUGGACAACGAUGUUGAAUGGCUCGAGAGUAUGUCGGAGGGUGCUCGAACGGCCAGCCCAUACCAGCUUCGUGAUUUGUUCGUCACAUUCCUAAACAACUGCUUCGUCGCAAGCCCUAAAGGACUAUGGGAACACUCAUGGAAAUCAAUGAGCGACGACAUACUUCACAAGAGGCAAAGGAUCUUAGGCCACGCGAAUCUGGAACUGGACGAUAAUACCCUCGAGCAAUACACAUUGAUAGAAGUUGAAAAGCUGAUGCGCAUGCAAGAUCGCUCCUUAAACGAUUUUAAGGAUAUGCCGAAGAUCAAUCCUGUUUUGCUCAAGGAAUUGGGGAACAGUUUGUGGAACCAAGAAAUGGAUUACGAUGUUGCGGAGGAAACACUAAGACAUGACAAGCAAUACAAAUUGCUCAAUGUUGAGCAACUUGCAAUCUAUGAAUCAGUCUUACACUCAGUUGAUAAGAAAGAAGGAAAACUUUUCUUUGUAUAUGGCGCAGGGGGCACAGGAAAAACAUUCCUAUACCAGACUAUUAUAUCCAGACUUCGGUCAAGAAAACAAAUUGUUCUACCAGUUGCUUCUUCGGGAAUAGCCGCAUUGCUACUACCAAACGGGAGAACAGCUCACUCUCGCUUCAAUAUUCCAUUGAAGCUCGAGGAAGAUAAGCUUUGCAACGUCAAACCAGGUACAAUGCUUGCUGAGUUAAUUGAGGAAACAGACCUCAUAAUAUGGGAUGAGGCACCGAUGACACACAAACAUGCUUUCGAAGCAUUAGACAAGUCGUUGAAGGAUAUUAUGUCUAUCAAAAAUCCACCCGCAAAGAAUCAGCCUUUUGGUGGCAAAACAGUUAUGUUAGGUGGUGAUUUCAGACAGAUCCUACCAGUCAUUCCGCAAGGUAGAAGAGCUGAUACUGUACUAGCUUCGAUAAGCCAUUCAUAUCUAUGGAAUAGCUGCCACAAGUUCUCUUUAAAAACAAAUAUGCGAGUCAAUCAGGAUGAGAAAGAGUUUUCUGAAUGGCUUCUCAGAGUCGGGGAAGGUCGUCUAGGAGAAGAACAAGAAUAUGAGGAGGAUGGGUACCAUGACCAACUCAUACAUAUCGAUGACUCAUUGAUUUGUCGGAGUUUUGUUGACCCAUUGAAAGAAGUUGUUGAUGCUGCAUAUGGACAAAUCAGCAGCCAUAUGAAUUCCAAGACUUCCUACACCGAUAAAGCUAUCCUCACACCCCGUAACGAAACCGUUGAUGAAAUCAAUGCUUAUACCAUCUCACGGACCUACAGGGUAUCAAGAGAUUACUACAGCUCAGACAGCUUUGAAUUAUCAGAUACUACAUCAGAUCUAAAUGAUACACUAUACUCCAUUGAGUAUCUUAACUCAUUGGAAUUCUCGGGUUUGCCUUCGCACAAACUUACUCUGAAAGUUGGUGCCCCAGUUAUGCUUCUCAGAAACAUAAAUCAGAAAAAAGGAUUAUGCAACGGUACUCGGAUGAUCCUAACCCACGUUGGUGAACGCGUUCUGAAGGCAGAGAUCAUCACUGGAUCCCACAUUGGAGAAGAGGUCUUGAUCCCAAGAAUUGUGCUUUUGUAUGAUGAAACGAAAUUACCGUUCACAUUACGUCGGCGGCAAUUUCCUAUCAGAUUGUGCUACGCAAUGACAAUCAACAAAAGCCAAGGCCAAAGUUUAAAAGAGGUCAUCUUAUACCUGCCUAAGCCAGUCUUUUCUCAUGGUCAACUUUACGUGGCCCUCUCCCGUGUCACAAGCAAAGCAGGAUUAACGAUCAUCAAAACUGAAGAUCCACACCAGCUGAAAGUGAAGAACAUAGUCUACAAAGAAAUAUUCAAAGGCCUUCAUCCCGAGACAGGUAAUUUAAAUAAUUAUUUUUUACUCUCAUCUUUUUCAGAAAUCUGAUAACAUAUUAUAUUCACAGAUUAACAACCUCGAAAAUAUCGACCAAGCGAUGAUACAAGCCAAUAAAGAAGAGACUUACACAUAGGUUUACCCCACCUACGCCAGGUACAAAACUUUUAAUAUAAAGAGCAAUACCACUAUAUUCAACUAAACGUAUGCUGACUAACUAUUCUUAUCCAAUUUCAGGUCCUUUCUUUCUCAUGACCCUCAAAAAAUUCUGAUCUGCGAAAGACUUAAUCUGCUUCCUCCAUUAUCUACUUUACUUACAACUUUUUUGGCUUUUAAACAUUUGCGUAAACUCGAUAUACACAACUUUUCACACAUAUUAUAACACACAAUCCUUCCAUCUCAAACAAAAAUAUUGAUUACCAACAAACUUUUUGUGUUCAAACAAACAAUACCUACAUCUAAUAUGAUAUUUUGGAUCAAAAUUUUAUUAGAAAAUAACCCGGGCGUAGCCCGGGAACUGACCUAGUAUUAAGUAACAAGAACAAGCCAAAUAGUUAAAAAUAAAAAUAUAUUUGUUACUUGAUUUGUACUUACGAGUAAUAGAAUCCGUUUACUUGUUACUUGACUUGAUUGUAGCAAGUAUUUGUUUUUUUAAACCGAGCUGAGUCAAGUCGCAAGUAUAAGCUGGGUAUCAAGUAAUAGUGCCCAGGCCUACCUAGUAUAUUCUCAUCAUGUGCUUGCUUGCCUCGGAUUCAAUUCAAUUGUCUAUCCGUCACGGUUUUUUUUUGCACGACAAAUAAAAAUAAUCAGACAUUAAGACCUGGUUUCGCGUUAUUUUUUUGCUAUUGUGAUAAGUAACUUUCAACCACAUCAUAAGACACUUAUUUUAAUUGUUUGAACACACAAAUAUUUUUCAACUUUUUAGGUAUGUUAUGCAUAGUUCGCAAAAAUUCCACAAAAGCAAAGACCAAUGAGUUGCAAUAGAAUGAAGAUACUGUAAGAUAUAAACUGCGAAGUUUGGUGCUUCGCUUACAAAGGCUUUGGUACAAGACAAAGGCGAUGUUAGAUAGAACCCAAUCCA